AUGCCUUAUCUAUUUACUGGGUAUCCCUUGGAUGAUCUAUACCUAGGGCCAGAUGAUGACAUAGAAUAUGAUUCUCCAUCAUCUGGAUCACUGGAUGUCUUGGCUGCAAUACCUGCUGAUCAUCCAGGUUUUCUCAUCAAUCCAGACUUGUACCUUGGGCCUGAGGAUGAUAUCAUUGAUGUGGAUGAGUUGCUGGAUUCUGCUGAUCCUAAGAUUGAUGUUCCAGCUGCAUCAGAAGUGUCUAUGUCAUUGGAUGACACCUCUAAUGAACUUCAUUCAGAGCAGCCAGAGCUCACUAACGAAGAUUUAUGUUCAAUGGCCCAGGAGUUCCAACCAUUCAGGUCAUAUGAACACACUGGGUUGCAAUCCAUUCAAGAUCAACUUGGUGAUUACAAACACCGUACCAGUGAUCUUCCUGAUCCUUCCAUUCCACUGCUACUCAAGGCCAAGCGACUCUUCUGGAUGGCUUGGGCAGAAACUUCCAACAAACUCAGAAGAGCUGAUGUGGACCUCUAG